CGUCGGCCUCGCAAGAUGGCGGCGCCCAUGUUGCUGCCCGAGUCCCCCCUGGGGAAGCUGAGCCAUCAAAAAUACAGAGCUAUUCUGAAAAAAGAAAAGCGGAAAAAAAAGCGGCAGGCACUUGCCAAACUGAGAGACUCUGAAGCUACAGAAAAAGAUGAAUCGGUGUCUGAGGAGGAAGAGGAGGAACUGGAAGAAGAGGAAGAAGAAGAAGAGGAAAAAAAGCUCGAGGCAGAAAGACAAAAACUGCAUGAGCAGUGGUUGCUGAGAGAAGAAAAGGCCCAAGAAGAGUUCAAGCUUAAGAAAGAAAAAGAAGAGGCUGCAAGAAAACGUCAAGAAGAAGAAGAGAGAAAGAUCAAAGAAGAAUGGGAAGAGCAGCAAAGAAAAGAGAGAGAAGUCGCGCAGCAGAAGCAACAGGAGAAGAGAGAAAGAGAGGCAGCUGUGCAGAAGAUGCUGGAUCAAGCUGAAAGCCAGCUGGAGAAUGGUGUGUCCUGGCAUAACCCAGAGCCCCCAGAGAACAUAGGAACAGAGAAGGACAGAGCAAAUUGCCCGUUCUAUAUCAAAACAGGUUCCUGCCGAUUCGGAGACAGGUGUUCUCGCAAGCAUAACUACCCAACGUCUAGUAAGACACUGCUUGUCCGAGGGAUGUUCAUUACUUUUGGCAUGGAGCAGUGCCGGCGGGAUGACUACGACACCGAUGCAAGCCUCGAGUACAGUGACGAGGAAACCUACCAGCAGUUCCUGGAGUUCUACGAGGACGUGCUCCCUGAGUUUCAGAAUGUGGGGAAGGUUGUUCAAUUCAAGGUCAGUUGCAACUAUGAGCCUCACCUGCGAGGAAAUGUGUAUGUCCAGUACCAGUCGGAGAAGGACUGCCAGGCAGCUCUUGCUCUAUUCAGUGGCCGAUGGUAUGCAGGCCGGCAGCUUCAUUGUGAAUUUUGUCCUGUGACAAGAUGGAAGACUGCCAUUUGUGGCUUAUUUGAAAGGCAGAAGUGUCCAAGAGGGAAACACUGCAACUUCCUUCAUGUAUUCAAAAAUCCGAACAAUGAGUUCUGGGAGGCCAAUAGAGACAUACGUAUUUCUCCUGAACGGACUAAUCAGUUGUCUAAAAACUCUGAGAGGAGAAACAGAUCAAGCCAUCGUGAUGACUAUUACAGCCGGUCAAGGCGAAGGGGCAGCCCAAGCUCAGAUCAUUCUUACCGCAGAAACGGAGAAUCAGAGAGAAAAAAGAAUCGCCGCAAAAACAAGAGGAGGCGCCGGUCUGGCAGGUCAAGGAGUCGAGAAAGGAGGAGGUCUCGCAGCAGAGGGAGGAAGAGGAGAGGACGCAGCCGCAGCAGAAGUUACAGUCGAACACGUAGUCGGAGCAGAAGUCGGAGCUCUUCUCGAUCCAGGAGCAGGGGUAAAAAGAGAUCAAGCAGCAGAGGAAAAAAUAGUGAAACUCCCAAAACAAAGUGAGAGUUAAUCUUAGAAGUUGCUAAUUGAUCAAAUGUUGAUCAAAUGUAGAGCUGACAAAAAUCUUUCCAGUAGGGCACCAGAUACGUUUGAGUUUCAAAUAAAGUGUUCUUGCACAUUAAAAUGUUUCUUCCUAAUAAAGGAACCUAGUUUACUGUGUGCUAAGCUUCAGAAAAUUAAAAGUUUAAGUCCUAUAUAAGGUGUAAAUGUCAAGUACUCUAGCUACUCUGUCCCUCUGAACUACUGCAACAUCUGGAUGCAUACUGAAUACAAAAUAGGAAAAGAAGUAAAGCUUUUUUGGUAUAUGC